GCUCAGUUGUGCGUUUAUGGGGCGGUCACAUUGAAGGGGACGUGUUAGACUUUCAUGCAUGUUUCCAAGCCAGCAAUUCGAGUGAUAUUACUAUUAUGAAGACUCAGCUCUGGUGGUGCACACCGGGUCCCUACCAUGCGCUGCGCACCCACGCCUGCCUUCUUGCUCCUGUACGGGUCGCAGCGAGGUCAGGCUCAGGCGCUCGCUGAGCAGAUCUCAGAGCAGGCGGCUCAGCACGGUGUCUCGGCCGAGCUUAGCUGCCUGAGCAAAGAGGAGUAUAACUUGGACAGGGAACGCGGCCCCGUGGUCUUUAUAGUGUCUACGACGGGAGAUGGUGAGCCUCCAGACACUGCUCUCAGAUUUGUGAGGAAAAUCAAGAAUAGAUCUUUGACUGGUGACCACUUUUCUCACCUACGUUACGCAUUACUGGCUUUGGGAGACACAAACUAUGCAAACUUCUGCAACUGUGGAAAGACCAUUGACCGCCGUCUGCAGGAACUUGGUGCGAAGCAUUUCUAUGCAACGGGUCUUGCGGAUGACGGUACUGGUCUCGAAGUAGUGGUGGAUCCUUGGAUUGAGGGACUUUGGGAAGCUCUGAAAAAGACAUUUACAGAAAUGUCUGUCCCGGAUCGGAAGGCUGAUGGUGACAUCGUUUACGGCACGGCUGACGGAGCCGCAGGCACACAGGGGAAGACGGAGGUGAAGAUGGAGGAUGCUGCUCUCAGCCUUCGGCUGCUCAAGCUCGGUGAUGCGGACUCUCCAAAGGCAGAGCCAGGAGCGUUUGUCGCUCAGAGCGGCGACGCAAACAAUACCGGUCCUCCUCUGGUGGCAUCUUUAGUCCGAUCUGUGCCCCCCUUGUCGGUGUCGCCUCUCAGCAUCCCUGCCCUGCCCCCGUCAUACGUGGAGGUCUGUUUGGGAGACGGUCCUACUGACGGGGAGAGAUGCUGCCCAUUGAAGGAAGACUUUCAAGAAGUUCCUGUGUGUAGAGCGGUCCGUUUAACCCGGGACGAUGCGGUGAAAACAGCCAUCUUGGUGGAGCUGGACAUCUCCGGUCAAAACAUGCCUUACCAGCCAGGAGAUGCCUUCAACGUGUGGUGUCCAAACAGAACUAGCGAAGUGGACAGCUUGCUCCAGAGACUCGGGCUCCAAGACCAAAGGAAUCGGCUCAUCUGCCUCCAGCUGUGUAAAGACACUAAGAAGAAAGGGGCGAAGGUUCCUGCCCACAUCCCACAGAAGUGCACCCUGCUAGAUCUCCUGACCUGGUGCUUGGAGAUUAGGAGUAUACCAAAGAAGGCAUUUGUGCGGGCGAUGGUAGACUGCACGCAGGACAGUGGUGAGAGAAGACGGUUGCAGGAGUUGUGUAGCCAGCAGGGGUCAGCAGAGUACAACAGCUUUGUGAGGGACCACAGUGUAGGCUUGCUUGACCUGCUGCUGGCCUUCCCCUCCUGCACACCUCCCCUCAGCCUCCUUAUUGAGCACUUGCCUGCGCUGCGGCCGAGACCCUACUCCGCUGCUAGCUCCAGCCUGCGAUCCCCUGGAAGAGUGCAGUUUGUGUUCAGCGUCGUGGAGUUCCCCGCGUGUGCCGUGCGUCCGGCGCGGACAGGCCUGUGCACGGGGUGGCUGGCAGACCGCGUGGCCCCUGUACUCCAGCCUUACGGGACACCGCAGGUUUCAGCAGACGCCGGGGAGACUUCCACCUGGCCCAAGGUUUAUGUGAGUCGUCGCCUUGGCAACACCUUUCACCUGCCCUCUGAUACCACUGUUCCCAUAGUGAUGGUGGGCCCAGGAACAGGUGUUGCCCCGUUUAUUGGAUUCCUCCAGCAAAGGGAAAAGGAGCGAGAGCAGAACUGUGGUAGCACCUUCGGAGAAACCUGGCUGUUCUUUGGCUGCCGACAUAUGGACAGAGACUUCCUUUUCAGCGAGGAGCUGGAGAGGUUCAUGGAGAACGGGACACUGAACCAUCUGAAGGUGUGUUCCUCUCGAGACCAACCAGAAGACAGUGGCUCGGAGCCCAAACCCAGAUACGUCCAGCAUCUCCUGUCCCAACACAGCAGGAGUGUCGUCCACAGCCUCUUCAGAGACCACGGCUGCCUGUACGUUUGUGGAGAUGCGAAGAACAUGGCUAAAGACGUUAAUGACGCACUGGUGGACAUGCUCGGGCGGGAACUUCAGCUGGACAAGCUGGAGUCCAUGAAGGCAGUGGCGAACCUGCGCGAGGAGAGGCGAUAUCUGCAGGAUGUUUGGAGCUGAGGAGACGCUCUGAUCCCACCGCUUCUGAAGAUUCUCGUCACGUUUCCUCCGUGCGCCAGGUUUAAGGAACGGGAAACUUCCUCUUAAAGGAAACACUUUUUUUUUUUUUUUUUUAAAUCAGACAAACACACAAAUUGAUAAGUUUGAAAACCAUUUUGUUUGUGCCUUUAUGCAUUUAAAUUCCUAUUUUUUAACAGUGGCUCCCUAUAGCUUGGAGAGAUUACAGGUCAUAAAAAGAAGGAUUUAUAUAAUGUCGGAUAUCGGCAGCAAAAAUAUGGCGUUCUGCCAGACUGGGCUGCUGUCUACCAGACAUAACAAACUGGAAUGUGCCAGAUGGGCGAGUGCUGUCGGAAACAGUCUGGGACAGUCCGCAAUCUUCCGCAACCUUUAAUACUCAAAUGGCUUUUUAGUAGUGAGCAGAGCAGCGGAGAUGAAUGCACCACUGGUUUGGAUUCCGCUCGUGUUUCCCUCGUCUUGUACUGCGCCAGAGGCCUCCGCGUUUCAAUCCAGUCUUAUUUUACGUCUGAUUACAAUUCUGUAAUCAAGCAAAUUAUUUUUGCUGCAGCUUUGAGAAAAUAAAAGUGGUAAAUUUGG